GUCUCCAGGGAAGAACCCACAGCAUGAUUCGCUAGUCGAUAGAAAAAAGGUCUAGUGUUUGUAAACUAUGGCUGACGAUACCCUCAUGAAUCUUAGAUAUGUGACGUAUGUAUUCUUUAUUCUCUUAUGAUUUGGAAUAAAUGAUGGAAUUUGAAAUAACGCGCACAAGACCUUCGCUGUUUGGGGAUAUUGCACAUGGUCUGGGGUUCUGGACUGAUCGUUCAGCAGUGCACGAGGCCGCGGCUCAGGGCAAAGCUGUGCAGCUCCAAAAACUGAUUGAGAACGGAGCAUCUGUCAACAUUGUGGCCGUGGACUCUAUCACACCCCUCCAUGAGGCCUGUAUACAGGGCCAAACACAGUGUGUGAAGCUGCUCCUGGAAGCUGGAGCUCAUGUUGAUGCUCGUAACAUUGACGGCAGUACUCCGUUGUGUGACGCCUGUGCGGCUGGUAGUCUGGAGUGUGUGAAGUUGCUGUUAGAACAUGGAGCCAUGGUGAACCCUCCUCUCUUCACCUUCUCACCCCUGCAUGAAGCCUGCAUGGGCGGUAACUCUAAAUGUGUUCAGCUCAUGAUUGAUGAAGGUGCGUUUAUGGAAGCCCAUGACUGUCACUUCGGCACCCCUCUGCAUGUGGCGUGUGCAAGGCAGCAUCUCGGCUGUGUCAAGGUUCUGCUGAACGCAGGUGCAAAUGUAAAUGCUGCUAAACUUCAUGAGACCGCACUGCAUCAUGCUGCUAAAGUGAAAAAUACAGAACUAAUUGAGCUUUUGGUCGAAUUUGGGGGAAACGUUUUAGCCAGAGACAACCUCGGCAAAAAGCCCAUUCAGUACACCAGAGCCGGCUCAGCAUCCGCCCUCUGCCUGGAGCUUUAUGAAUCCACACCCCUCAGUCUUCAGCAGUUAUGCAGAAUUGCUUUCAGAAAUACCCUCGGGAAAAGGGCGCUGGGGGUGUUGAGUCAACUGGGCCUCCCGAAUCGAAUCAUCUGUUUCCUGUCUUAUUUGCCAGCCCCUCCCCUGAAGCUUGAUGGUUUACCACCCUGCUUCUGUCCAGGUCAUCAAUAAUGAACACCGCACUGGCUGCGAUUAAGAAUAAGGGACUUAGAUCAUUGGUUUUCUCAUUGUGAAGCGCAGCUACUGUAACAGCUGUACUCGGUAUUUGUCAUGUAUUUGUUGAUGUAUUUCCCCCUGCAGGGAACCAAUAGAAGUCAUUGUCACUUGGUAUGGAUGCAGUGUACUGCCAAAAUUCCUAGAAUAAUUUGACUGGGAAAGAAGCUCAUUUCGCAAGAAAUAAUGGUAUUUUCUGUUUUGCAUCACGUUUGACUGAGUGUGGCACAGUUUUUCCUAACGUACUAUUAGUUGUGUAAUUAACUUUAAUGAUUUCAUUUGUUAUAGAUUUGUAAAAUAAAUGCAAUGUGUAUAAAAUACAGUCUUAUUUAAAUUCAGGUUUUAUACAAAUUAAGCUAAUUGUAUUUUAGCUAGUUCUUAUUUAUGUGAAAUAUACAUUGUGCAAAUACUUUAUAAAUGUUUUCCCCCUGUUGUACAUAGUUUAUUUUACAAUGUUGUUUUGGUUUGACUUUGUGCGUAAUAGAGGAUAAUUGUAACAAAUAUUGUGAUGUACACAAUUCACAACUACACACUAUUCCAUUUA